CUCGCUCUUCACCAUGCAGGAGUCAGAGAAGACGACGUGCGACCCAGAGCCCAUGCAGAACGGAGAGGCCAUGAGUCCGGACGCGCAGGACUCCAAAGGACCGCCGGGCGACGAGGAGAACCAGGGAGCCGUCCCGUCGGCCCCGCCGCUUCCCCAGGAGCCUCCUCCGUGUCCGAGGCCCAAACUGGUGUUUCACGCACAGCUCGCGCAUGGGAGCCCAACGGGACGCAUUCACGGCUUCACCAACGUCAGGGAGCUUUACGCCAGGAUCGCAGAGGUCUUCAACAUCUCCGCUUCUGAGAUCCUCUUCUGCACGCUGAACUCGCACAAAGUGGACAUGCAGAAGCUGCUGGGCGGUCAGAUCGGUCUGGAGGACUUCAUCUUCGCGCACGUGAGGGGAGAAACCAAAGAGGUGGAGGUCGUUAAAACCGAAGACGCGCUCGGCCUGACCAUCACCGACAACGGCGCGGGAUACGCCUUCAUCAAAAGGAUAAAGGAAGACAGCACCAUUGACCAAAUAAAGACGGUGUGUGUCGGCGAUCACAUCGAGGCCAUUAAUGACCAGAGCAUUGUGGGAUGUCGGCAUUAUGAAGUGGCGAAGAUGCUGAAGGAGCAGCUGAGAGGAACGCCGUUCACCCUGCGCCUGGUCGAGCCCAAGAAAGCCUUCGACAUGAUAGGCCAGAGGACGCGAGCGCCAAAGUCCAGCGAGGGCAAAAUGGUGAGCGGGAAAGAGACGCUGCGGCUGCGCUCCAAAGGAUCGGCCACGCUGGAGGAAAUCCCCGAUGAGAUCGAAGACAAGGCCAUCAAGAAGGUCGACGACCUGCUGGAGAGUUACAUGGGGAUCCGGGACCUCGAGCUCGCGACUACCAUCGUGGAGGCCGGGAAGAACAAGAAGAACCCAGAUGAUUUCGCUGAGGCGCUCGACUCUGUUCUGGGCGACUUCGGCUUUCCUGACGUCUUUCUAUUUGAGGUUUGGGGGGCUAUGGGAGACAUGAAGAAUGGACGCAUUUAG